AUGUUAGACUGUUCCAAAGAAAGUACCAAGUCAGGACUGGUAGUCCAAGUCCUCUCUUGUGAGACACACAGGGGACUGUACCUGACACAUUGUCUGACCCAGGUCAGCAGUGGGUCAACGGUCGAUGCCGGGUCAAAUGUCAAGGGUGGAGGAGAUGAGGCAGGUCUGAGUCAGGGUGAUGAGAUGUAUGUGUUCUUUACACGAAGCACAGGAGACAAGCUGGGGCUUGCCAAGGGUAUGGUCAUCAGCAUCAAUACUCCAUGGCAGAAACUGUCUAUACCCGACGUCAGCAAACCUGUAGUCCUAUGUACCUACUUAUGUCGAACUUUGAACCUUGACCCCUAUGAUGUGGUUCAGGGUCAACCAGUUCUUCCUGAGUGUUCAACCGAGGGCAGCAAGUCACCAAAGGUUCUCAAUCCUGUGAGGCUUUUCCCUGCUGCAUAUAGGAGUCAUUCUCCUGGUGCAGAGGUUGUCACUGCCCAAGAGAAUAAGAUCAAGAACAUCUCAGCAUCCAUCAUGCAUGGUGUUACUGAGACUGCCUUAGCUAGAGUACAGAGGAUUGUGACAAGGAGACAGCAAACUGUGGUGCCACACCAGUCUGCAAAAAUGACCUCAGGUCGAAGUUCACUGCUGACCCAAGCAAGCCCCUCCCUCAUCAAGUCACUCCUACUUCAAGACAGAGAGGGUGUGGUCUGUGAGGUCCAGCUGACCAAUCAAAUGGCAGAAAGCAGCACCUGGCAACAUGUCCUCCAAUCAGGAGAGGGCAGAUCAUACAUAUUCAUGAAACUGAAGGUGACCCAGAGGCUGACCUUAAGUAGAGCCCCAGGGUUGUUGUCGAUGAUCCGAUCACUGCAACAUCGUCCCAAUCAAAUGAAUGGUCAGACCAUAUGCUAUGUGUUGACCGGUGAGGUUGGUGUGACCGCUGUGGAAUCGUUAGACCAGUCAGAAUCCAUGAAUGUGCCUCCACCCAGGCCCCCUCCUGUGAUGGAGCUCAGUGAUGUAGUCAAGAAUACCCACACUCCAACGAGACGAACAAGCUUCCUUGCCACGCCCAUCCUCCUCUCACCAUCAUCACCACCAGACAAUGUCACUCCAUCAUCAUCAUCCGGGCCUAAAGACACUCCCAACACCUAUGGGAGCUGGUUCCUGUUCCUCUCUACAUCCACCAGUCAGCAUCACCAACCUUCAACCACCUCCCAAGAAGGGAUCACCAGUCCGAGACACGGAUCAGACCAGGAUGGGUAUGUGUGUUUAUACGUGCACCAGUCUAACGUUCUAGGGCAAGACGUCCUGACGAGAUGCAGGAGUAGUGGGAACAGAAGAAUACUUUGCAGAGAUGUUCUUGUGGCAUCAACGGAAGAAGAAGGAGUGUACUUGAACGCCGAUGGUUUCAGCCAUAUCAGUGUAGAGGAUGAGUCAGAAGAGGAGAGUGCGUUGAACUUCACUUCACUUUCAGUUCUGAAGGUCGGUACAAGGUUGCAUUCUUUGGUUAGUGUCACAGGCAACAUUUGUGGAGUUGAGGAGGAGUCUGCUUUUAGUUGGCCGGCUUGCCCUCAUUGUGGAAACAACCAUUUAGAUGGAGGGGAGGGCAGUGGCUUUGUGCUACAUUGCUCUGUCUGUAAUGAGGAUAUCAACACACCCGUCAUGAGAAUGCAUCUUAUUGUUCAACUCAGUUGCCCCGCCCUACCACCAACUCACUCAGUCAAAGUACAGUUGCUACAGUCAACCAUCGAGUCUGUCUUGCCUUGUCCUUCAUCACAAACCAGCGGAGGUCACGACCUGCAAAGCACUCUGGGAGUUCUUGUUGGACCAAUCAACUGCCUUGUUAGAACUGUCCAUGAAACACCAAAAGGAAAGAUGUUUCUUUUAGAAGAAGUUUUACUAUGCAACUGAGGACGUGCAUAGAACAAUGAUUUUGAUAUUAAAAAAUAUUAAAGUGAUUCCUCUUUCAUAAUGUCUUUCUUAUACAUACAAUGAAAAAAAAGUAUUGCCUUGUUUACACCAAAGUUUCCAUACUGCUUCCAUUCUUUCUAUAUUCAGUAACGUAGUGAUACGCUACACUAAAUUUCAUGAAAAGAAGGAUAAAACUUUAUAAUAUCUAUUGUUUAAAUUUAUAUUAAAAGCUCUAUGAGGUCAAUUUUAUACUGAAAUAUAAAAAUAUAUGUAUAUGCGUUGUGCGAUACUGCCAAUAUAUGGGAACUACGGUACUGAGGUGUCUAAAUCUCAUUUUAAUUUGUUGAGUGAGUCCCAGAAAAGUGAAAUAAAACCAGUUGGAAAUAGCUUGUGUAUUGUAUGACAUUGCCAAUUCGAUACUUGCAGAUGGUUUUAUUUGAAUGAUUUUGUAUGUUAAUAUACCGAUGGAAUUUCUCUUCUAAUGCAAGCUUAUUAUGAAUAUUUUCAUUACUAGGUAAACAAACAAAUCCAUCUUCAAUUUGUCAAGGACUGAAUUCCAUAAAUUCCACAAUUUGUGGUUGUGGUUUAGCUUAGUAAUUUAUGAUUCAUAAGUCCCAUGAAAAAAAUAUGUUCCACACGCUUGAGCAAAUAAAGCUAAAAAUGAUUACAAUUACUUGGUUACGGUAUAUUGCAUUCCCAGCUGGUGUUUUGGCAUUAGGAAUCCAUAGAAAGUGGGCAUCAAUUUAUUAAUUUGGUAAAUUGAAUUAUUUCUUACUCUAUAUACAGAAAUAUUUGCCAAUUUUUACAAAUCAACUCAUCAUCUCCAUUCAGAUAUUGUCAUCUCGGAGAAAAGACUUUUACCUGCCAAAUGUUGCAGUAUGAGAGAAUCAUCAAUGUUUCUAAUUUAAAGGGGGGAAUUAUUUGUUAAGUACAACAGAAAAACACUGUUUGUAAUGGGACAUGCAACAGCAAAAAUGGGCCGCUUGACUUAUGAUUAGCAGUUUGUGGUAAAACCCUGUCUUAGCAAUAGAGAGAGAGAGAGAGAGAGAGAGAGAGAG